CCUGGCAAAAAGAUGCACUUCUUCAUCUCGUUUGUGCUGAUCUACGCAGGUAAUCGAAUCUCAGCAGAAAUGUUCCAAACUUCAAGAACUGACAGCAUUUCAAAUCUGACAAAGGUGGAUGGGCAGACGGUGUUCAGCUCGAAUUUCCUGCUGUUUGACGUGAAGAGUUGCAAUAAAGUGCAGUUCGUCGUUAACUUCGACAACGGCAUGGCAAGGAUGGACAUUUAUCCGAACAGGAGUUUGCAGGUGCAGUACUGUUACAAGGGCCUUGAUUGUACCGUGGAGAUGUUUACAGUAACCGGUGACACGUGCGACGGCUAUACACCGUUGUGGGUGCAGGUGCAGUUUUAUGGCGUGGUUAUCGGCGAAGGUUGUGACGUUGAAGAAUCCCAACUUUCCUCUUCACCAUGGCUGAUGUUGUUGUAUGGAAACACAAGCAUCGGAAUCUCUUCUGCAGAUGAUGCUUGGUGGAGACUGGGCGAGUCUGCGUGUAAACCUGUGACCACACCAGCGACGACCACCACCUUAACAACACAUUCUACAACAACGCCUGCGACGACAUCCGAAGCACCAGGGUCUUUGGUGAUUGAUACAACGAAGAAUGAAACCAUGCAUAACAACGUGAACAUGGGGCGAUCUGGCGGCGCUGUCUGCAACAACUCCCUGGCUGUGAUGACCAUGGCUGCUACGUGGAUGUUCUUUUUGAAGUACUAAUGAAACAUACAGCUAGAGCCGAUCCACCUGUCGAUGCAUUUUGUCAUUGUUGUCUCAUAAUGAAUUAAAA